AAAAAACUCUAAUUUAGAACGACAGUUUUUGGCUCUUAUUUAUUAGGUGAAAAAACAAUGAAAUAAUUGCCCGCUUAUUACUAAUGACUUUGAAGAUUCCAAAACUAUGACCAAUUACCCAAAUUCCAAAAAAAGUGAUUCAGCCCUUUUGAAACGGUCCAAGAACUGUGCGACUUCCAUACGGGCUUCCCUCUCUCUUCGCAGAUUCCCCCUACGGGCUUCCUUCUCUCUUCGCACUUGAUAUUUUCGCACCACCAUACUCCGCCAAAACCGCCGGACUGCCUCACCGCAUAGGCCGUGCUCUGCCUCUUCUUGCCUCGCCAGACAGGUUGCCGUUUCUCCUCCUUGUUGCUUCUCUACCUCGCCGUUUCUCCGCCUCGCCGCUUCUCUGUCUCGUCUCGCUGCUGCGCCUCUCUGUCCCAAGGUUGAUGUUCGUUGACCUUCUUCAGAUCGCCGUCGCCCUACACCGCUUCUAUUUCUUCUCUUUCUGUCUGGCGUCGUCCUGGAGAUUGACGGUCGGGAUUGUGGUCAAUGAUAGAUCCGGAUCUAGAUCCAUGGCGAUGGUAGCUAUGGUAAGAUCUGGGGCAGAAGGGUCGUGGUGGGCUUCGAUGAGGGCUAGUGGGCAUCGAUGGGGGCUGUAUGGGGAUUGUUUGGCAAUGACAGGGCUGGAUGAAGUUUGGACAGCAUCCGGCAGACGGCGGCGUCCCCCACCGGAAGAGACACCUGGCAGCGGUGGUCUCUGACGGUGCAGGCACUUUAGCCGGUGAAUGGGCAGUCACUUUGGGCCGGGUCAUUGUGACCGGUGCGCGGGCGGGCAGUCACUUUGGUUGGAGGCGCUGCUGUCGCUGGCAUUCACUUCAGUAGGAGGUGGCGUAGUCACUGGCGGGCGGUGGGGCAGUCACUGGCGGGCGGUGGGGCAGUCACUGACGGUGGGGCAAUCACUAGCUGCGGAGUCACUUUGACCGUAACCGGAGUCACUGAGCGUUAGUCACUAUGGCGGUAGGCGGGAGUCACUUUGGUGACAGUCACUGUGACGUCAAUCACUGUGGCCGGAGUCACUUUGGCCGCCGGUGGAGGCGGCGGUGCUGGUGGCGCGGCGGUGGCGGUGCCGGUGGUGGCAGAAGUGGUGGUGCUGGGGUCGGCGGUCUGGAGGUGCUAUAAAGGAAUAUUUAAAAAUAAAUAUAUGAUUAAUUAUAAGGAGUAAAUAACUUUUAGUCACAUUUUAAGAAAAAUUUAAAACAAAUCACUUUUUUAUCUUUUUCAUUUAUUUUAGUAAUAUUGGAAUAAAAAGGCCAAAAACAAUUUUGGAAUUUCACAUUAUUUUAAAUCCUAUUUCUGAAAAUUCCGUUUUCAAAAUAUCAUUAUAUAUAUAGUCUAGGAUCAAAUAGGCCCCCCUAUACCUGUCCGAAAUGUUAAAUGGUCUCCUGAACUCUAAAACGCUCAAAUUCACCUAUUGAACUCGACAAAAAAGUUCAAAUUUCAUUUUAUGCGUGGAAAAAUCCGGUCACCCUCACGUCGCCCAGUCAGAUGCCAACUGUGCAUCUCGCGUGACAUCAUUUGUAGAAUUUAGGAUCUUUUUACUUGGACUGUAAUUUGCUAGUCUGGUCUGGUCUGGUCUGGUCUGAACUGGUCUGGUCUGGUUUCUUUGUAUUUUUAUAACUAUCCAUGUCUGGUUUGGUUUGGUCUGGUCUAGUCUGGUCUGAUCUGGUCUGGUCUGAUCUGGUCUGGGACAAAUUACAGUCCAAGUAAAAAGAUACUUAAUAUAGUUUGAUAAAGCAUUGAUUGUAUGGAAAUAAAAAACAGUUCUUAUAACAAUAUUUCUUAAAAUAUUCAAAACAAUAUGACGAUAUUAGCAAUGUAUGUUUCGGUAGAAAAUUUAUAUGUUCCAAACUUUGAUAUGAUAGUUUUCAAGAAUACAUUUUUACAUAACUUUAUUACAUAAUCAGAAACAAAACAAAUAUAUAUUUUCACAUUUUCUUAAGUAACAAUAUUGCCUUUUUAGUUUUGGAAAUUGAACAAUGUUGUUGUAACUACUGAUUUUUUGUUUUUUUAUAAACAUUAAUUCCAUAAUUUCUACCUAUUUUUAUCUUUAUAUUCAUAUUCCUUACAACA